UCCCUUCCCUGGAGAGCCCUGGGCAGCAGGAGCACCAGGUCAGAGAUGUGGGCCACUACUGAGGUGUGAGAGGCAAUGCCAGUUGGUGGUGCCUCUAUGGCAGGAGCUGUGUCCCAUUCAUGCCUUCUCCCUGGCAGGCUCUUGCCCUGGCAGCACAGGGUGCUGGAGCUCCAGCCCUGCACCAGGAUCACCUUGAGCCGUGGCUGCUGUGCCGGCACAGCCCUGGCACUGCAGAGCAGUUAAUGAUUACCCCCUGUGCUUUGUCCUGCACUGCCCUGCGUGGAGAGCAAAUGCUGGAGCCCAGGGAAGCAGGAAGAUGCUGCUGCUGCUGCUGCUGGCACUGCUGGGCCCUGCUGGCUGCCCCAGGACAGAGCCCCUGAGUGGCUCCAGCCAGGAGCCGCUGUUCCGUGGCGCCGAUCGCUACGACUUUGCUGUCGUCAUCCCUGCUGGCAGCGUGGAGUGUUUCUGGCAGUUCUCACACCAGGGUGGCAACUUCUUCUUCAGCUACGAGGUCCAGCGGGCCACGGGGAUUGGCAACAGCAGGAACAUCCUGGUCACAGCGAGUGAUCCCAAUGGCUUCCAGCUUGGAGUGUCCCAGGACGUGCGAGGACAGAUCAACUUCCUCACCAAGGACACAGGUUUCUACCAGCUCUGCCUGGACAACCAGCAAAACCACUUUGGCCUCAUGCAAGUGUAUCUAAACUUUGGUGUGUACUACGAUGACUUCAACAUGGAGCACAAGGAGCCAGCAGAGAGGAAGGAGCUGAACAACACCCUGGAGGCCAUUGAGGUGAGCAUCCAGAGGCUGCAGAUCCACACCUUCCACAUGUGGCGCUUCUACAACUUCGCCCGGAUGCGGAAAGGGGCCGACUCCUUCCUCCUGGAGUCCAACUACAACUAUGUCAACUGGUGGUCCAUGGCCCAGAGCUGUGUCAUUGUCCUCUCCGGGCUGCUGCAGCUCUACUUCCUCAAGCGCCUGUUCCAUGCACAAACCUCGGGCAGCCAGAAGUGCUAGGACAGCACAGGGACCCCCUGCAGAGCCAGGAGCUCUGGCUGCCACUCUGUGCCACCAUGGACAGGGAGGGAAGGCUGGAUUCUGCUUCCACGAGGAGGUUGGAGAGAUCCCCCUGCUCCUGCUUGUCUCUAGCCCUGGCAUCGCCCCAAGAGAAGCCAAAGGUCACACUGCCACCUGAGUUCUGUGUGGGUUUGUCACAUCCCUACGCAUUUUUAGUGUCUUAAUGGGCCUUUUGUGCCAGACUCCCAAUAAAGAAACCCCUGGCAGAGUCCAGGGAGUGACUGCUGCCUGC